AUGAGUGACAAACUGUGGACAGAGGAGCAGUUUAACUGCCCUGUUUGUCUGGACCUCCCCAAUGAUCCAGUCACCAUCCCUUGUGGCCACAGCUACUGCAUGGCCUGCAUCAAGGACUACUGGAGCAAGGAUGAUCCCAAGGGUAUCUACAGUUGCCCCCAGUGUCGUCAGACUUUCUGUCCUCGGCCCUCGCUUUCCAGAAACACCAUGUUGGCCGAAGCUGUGGAACAACUCCGCAGAGGAACCCCAAGAUCUCAAGUCUAUCAAAGCAUACGAGGGGCAACAAAAUCCAAAAAGAAUCUACCCUCCUCGGCAGUGCUGUGCGACCUGUGCAAGGGAGAGCGGAGGGCAGCGGUCAAGACCUGCCUGAUGUGCAUGAGCUCAUACUGUGAGGAACACCUGAAGCCUCACCAGACCACCAAGGCCAUGAAAGAGCAUGAACUAAUUGCGCCGACAGGGAAUUUGGCAGAAAAGAUCUGCACCCAGCACAAGUACCUGCAGGAGUUCUUCUGUCGCCAAUGUAAGGUGUUCAUCUGUUGGAUUUGCACCAACAACCAACACAAAGGCCAUGAGAGCGUGUCAACCAAGACUGAACGCCUGGAGAAAGAGAAAGGGCUUUCUGAGAUGCAGGCUGUAAAUCAGAAGAAGCUCAAAGACAGACAGCAGGAACUAAAGGACAUGAAGAAGAUGAUGGAUGGGAUGAAGCGCUCAGCAGAACGUGUUCACAGCGACUCAGAGAAGGCGCUGUUGGAGCUCCAACGCUCAGUGGAGAGACUUCAGGAACUCUUAGAGGAGGUGCUGGAUGAGGCUGGCCGAGAGAAGAUGGAGCAGUCCCAGGAAGUGGUUGAUAAUCUGGAGGCAGAGAUCAGGGAGCUGAAGAAGAGGGAUACUCAGAUGAAGGACCUGGCUCAAUGCGAGGACCACAUCUACUAUCUGCAGAUGUAUGAAACCAUGUGCAGUCCGCUUGAGUCGGGAGACCUUCCAGCUGUGCAGGUUAACCAUGAUGCUUCCUUUGAGCCUGUACGUGAUGCCAUCUUGGACCUAAGGGAGCGAGUGGAGGACUUGUGCAACCAAGAGCUGGGAAAGAUCAACAAAAAAGGUUUUAGAGGUCAAGAUGUGAGGAGCAGAGACACAUCACGAGAGGUCCCUCAGAGGUCACCCAGACUGUUUGACAGACAUAGGCGAGAUGAAAGGGAGUCAGGAGGAGAGGACAACCUAAGACCCAGUCCGAGACCAAGUCCAACCCCCAGUCCGACUCCAAGCCGAAGAGGAUCCUCGUCUCUGUGGAGUAGGUCCAAUCAGAGUCAAGGCGUCACUGCUACUCCCACUCCUACUCCAGUGAGCUUGACCCCUACUCAAAAUAUUGCUCCUGUGCAAGCAUCCACUGGAGUUAACCCCAGUUUGUUCUUGGACUCGCCCUCCCCCAUGGCCAAUAAUCACACUCCUGCUUUUCCCGCAUUAAGAGAAAUCAGCAUUGACAGCAUCCACGCUCCAGAACCAAGGGAAAGAGAGGACUUCCUACAAUAUUCGGUAAAUUUCACCCUGGAUCCAAACAGCGCCCAUCGUCGCCUGGUUCUCUCCGAGGGCAACACAAAGGCCACCCUGCAGGGGCAAGUGCAGCCCUACCCAGACACUCCCCAACGAUUUGACAGUUGGACUCAGGUCAUGUGCGGGAACCCGCUGUAUUCCCAGCGUUCCUAUUGGGAAGUGGAGUGGCGAGGCCGAGGCUCCUCUAUUGGUGUGGCGUAUGGUUCACUGACCAGGAAGGGCUCAGACGCUAGGGUGGGAAUUGGCUACAAUGUGCAAUCAUGGACGUUGGAGCUAUCCGACACAUGCUGCACAGCACUCCACGACAACCAGAAGAGGGAUAUACCUGUCACCUACUCCCCCCGUCUGGGCAUCUACGUGGAUUCGUCCACAGGAACACUGGCAUUCUACAGCGUGGCCGAGAACAUGACACACCUCCACACUUUCAGGGCAAACUUUACACAGCCUCUUUAUGCUGUCUUUGGGGUGGGGAGUGGAGUUGGAGUGGGUUUAGAUUUUGCACUUGGACAAUUUAACACCACCUCUGAUAGCAUCAAGCUGUGUCCAAUGUGA